AUGGGACCUCCUCGCCCUAUGAUGACUCCUAACAGGAGGCCAAAUCCAAUAAGAGAUAGAAAACCAAUAGUUCCUCCACAAAAUUCGCUCCAGCGUCAAGCGGUCAUGACUGCCGCCAAGAAAGCGGGAGGCAGACCUCCGAAGUCUACCUGCAAGAAUCCAGACUGCACGACCCCAGAUGUUAUCGAAGGUAUCUGUCAUAGUUGUGGUCUAGUGAUGGAUGAUUCCAAUAUCGUGUCUGAGAUAACAUUCGGCGAAUCCUCCAGCGGUGCGGCCGUUGUUCACGGUAGCUUUGUAGGUGAAGAUCAAGGAGCCGCACGUAGUAUGGGAACUGCAUUCAGACGCGCCGGUGGAUCAGAAAAUCGUGAGAAUACGAUCAACGAAGGACGCAGAAUUAUCGACGGAUUGGGCCACCAGCUUGGCGUGGUUGAAUUUACAAGAACAGUUGGUCUACAAAUCUUCAAGCUAGCUGCAAUGAACAACUUUAUACAAGGUCGACGUAUGGACAUGGUAGCUGCAGUAUGCCUAUAUAGUGCUUGUCGUAAGGCGGAUAGGUGUCGCGUCAUGCUAAUUGAUUUCGCUGACAAGAUUCAAGUCAAUGUGUUCAAGCUAGGUCGAACUUUCAAGGCUUUACAUCGUGCAAUAACUAUAGCUAAAGACGGUAUCAUGCCAAUUCUUCCAGAGGACCUUAUUUGGCGUUUUGCCUCUCUCUUAGACUUUGACACAUUUACUAACAAAGUUGCCGACGACGCUAUACGAAUGGCCCAAAGAAUGAGUCUAGAUUGGAUGCUGAUGGGGAGGAGACCUUCAGGCGUCUGUGGUGCCUGCCUAAUUCUUGCAGCUCGAAUGAACAAUUUUCGUCGAACUGUAACUGAAGUGGUCUAUGUCGUAAAAGUUACCACAGCUACAAUCCAGAAACGGCUGGAAGAGUUCAAAUUGACUCCCACCAGCUCCCUCACUGUUGACGAAUUUGUUAACAAUGAAUUUUUGGAGACUGCCCACGACCCCCCUUCCUUUUAUAAGAAAACCGAGGAAUUUCAAAAAAGCAAAAAACAACGAAAGCGCAAGCGAAUGCAGUCUGAUGAUGAUGAGGAAGAUGAAGAUGAAAACGAGGAUGAAAACGAAUCAAAUCCUAGCAAAAUUCAAAAGAUAGGCACUGUACCGAGUCUUGUCGAUCAAGAUCAAGCCUUCACAACUGCUCUUGUCUCUACACCUGUUCUUAGUUUUGACGCAAAUGGCUUUCCAAUCUCUAUAGAUCCUAUUCAUACCGAAGAAGUACCCAUUGAUCCACAACUAAUGGACGAAGUCAUUGCUGACCAGUCUAAAACCUCGUUUGAGCAGUUGGUUAAGGAGUUUGGAGACGUCGGAACCUUGCCUGAAGAAGAUGUCGACGAGGAAGAAGAGGAAGAAGAAGAAGGAGAGGACGACGAUGAAGAUGAGGAUGAAGCAAAAAAUGAUGGCUCAACUUUGGUUUCAGAAGUUGUUCCCAAGCGAGGCCGUCCAAAGACGAAAAAUCAGGCUGUUCACGUCCCUCCAGAGUGGGCAGCUACCGAAAUGACCAUGGAAGAAGAAAUCACAGAAAUGAUAAAUGAUCCCAAUACCAUCACACAUGCAACCCAGUAUGCCAAAGCGAGACGUUUAGCUGCAGCACACGUUCUCCUUGCGGAAAAGGCCAAUCCACAAAAAGAAGUCAGCAUGGAUGUCCACGUCGGGGAGGAUGAGUUUGCACAGGAUCCUGAGGUCCAAAACUGUCUUCUAUCCCCAGCCGAUGUUGCAAUGAAGGAAAAAGUCUGGAUCAACGCAAACAAAGAUUGGCUCCGCAAACAACAACUAAAGGAGUGGAAUAAAAAGCAGGCGGCAAACGAUCCUCCAAAGGCCAAGAGAAAUCGUAAAAAGAAGCCACGUAUGGGUGAAGGCCAGACAAGUGCUGCCAACAGCCCUGCGGAAGCAGCAAUUUCGGUCCUUAAACAGCGAAGUUUCUCCAAGAAAAUAAAUUACGAUGCUAUCAAUGGGUUAUUUGCUGACAUCGAUAAAAUGGCAGCGAAGAAAGGCGACGAUACCGGUAACAAUGGAAACUCUCGAGCUGGCAGCCACAUAACAGAGCUGAAGAAGCAGGAGCCAUCUGAUUUAUCAAGGAUAUCUUCACCUGUCCCUGAGGAUGAUAAACAAUCUAUGAUUGAUCCUAGCCUAGCAGGUGGUCUCCUCUUGCCAAAGAAGAUAUCCUCAAGAAACAGCGCCUCAGCCAACGCAGCACGUAAUCAAAGGCGUGCGGAGCAACAGGCGAGAAGGGCUGAGGAGAGUCCGACCGCUCUCAGCGUGUCUGUAAAAGAUUCUACGACUCUGGCAAGUAGCCAGAAAGGUGAAGAUGAUGACUACGUUGGUCUAGGUGCCACCCAAGAUGGCACCACUUUCGAAGAGCCAGUUGAAGGUGGCGAAGUGGAAAGUGAUUGGAAAUUUCAGCUUAAUACAGUUCAUAACCCGAAUGACUUCAACAACAGUGAUGAUAUUGAUGACGAGGAUGAAGAUUAUGGAGACUGGAAGGCAGAUCCUGAUCCGUUUAUCGAUGAUGAUUUAGGUGCGAGAGGAUUCGAAUCCGAUGACAACGUUGACGACUACGACGAAUAA